AUGAAGAUAUUAUCACGCACCAAAUCGGAGUCGGCGAAAGGAAACCGCAACUCUGCGGGGCUAGGCAGCUCUCGAGCCGUAACGAUUCCUUCGUUCGAAGACUUCCUGCUAAAGCGUGACUACAUAGGCGCAAAGACAGUGCUUCAGUGCUCCAAGGACUAUGAUGAGGUUCCGGAUCAACUGAAGCAACUAUGGAUCGGGUUUUGCGAUUUCCACAUCGGCGAGUACAAGCGGGCCCUCCAGUUAUACGAGAAGAUCUAUGCGGCUGACAAUACACUGAAAGAAGUGGGGCUGAACAUUUGCGUCUGCAUGUUCUACCUUGGCAUGUACGAUGAGGCCCAGAAGCUGGUGGAGGAAUUGCCCCAGAGCCCGCUGAAGAUUCGGCUAUUGUUCCAUCUCGCCCACAAGCUGGCCGACGAGGAUCGUUUGAUGGAGUUGCACGGAUCGUUACGGGAUGUGGUCGAGGAUCAGCUUAGUCUGGCCGGGAUGCACUAUCUGCGAUCGCACUACCAGGAAGCAAUCGACAUCUACAAGCGCGUCCUGCUGGACAACAAGGACCUCCUGGCGCUCAACGUGUACGUGGCGAUCUGCUACUACAAGCUGGACUACUAUGACAUCUCGCAAGAAGUUCUCGAGUUGUACCUGAACCAGUAUCCCGACAGCACGAUUGCCAUCAACCUGAAGGCAUGCAAUCGGUUCCGGUUGUUCAAUGGUAGGGCCGCCGAACAGGAAAUCAAGCAUCUGGUCGAAAGCGGUACAUUUGGUGCGGAUCUGAUCAAGCACAAUCUGGUGGUGUUCCGCAAUGGUGAAGGUGCGCUGCAGGUGUUGCCACACCUACUUGACAUCGUGCCGGAGGCUCGACUAAACCUAGCGAUUCACCAUCUCCGGCGUGGUGAGAUCCAGGAGGCGUAUCAGUUGAUGAAAGAAGUUCAACCGACGGUCCCUCAGGAGUACAUCCUCAAGGGUGUGGUACACGCUGCCCUCGGCCAGGAAACGGGUUCGAAGGAGCAUUUGAAAAAUGCGCAACAGUGUCUGCAUCUCGUCGGUGGUUCGGCCUCCGAGUGUGACACCAUCCCGGGGCGGCAAAGUAUGGCUUCGGCCUUCUUUCUCUACGGUCAGUUUGAGGAGGUGCUUGUGUACCUCAAUUCCAUUCGCAGUUACUUCGUGAACGACGAUACUUUCAACUACAACUAUGCCCAGGCCAAAGCCGCCACGGGGUACUACAAGGAGGCGGAGGAGCUGCUGCUUCAGAUACACGAUAUUUCCAUCAAAACGGACAGCACGUUCGGGAUGGUGUUGGCCAAGUGUCAUAUCCACGCGGGUCAUGCGGACCAGGCGUGGAACAUUUUCCUCACCAAGGACUCGACACCGGAUGCAUUCGCAUUGCUGCAGCUGAUCGCGAACGAUAGCUACCGUGUGGGUGAGUUUUGGAUUGCGGCCAAAGCGUUCGAUACGCUCGAGAAGCUCGAUCCGAACCCGGAAUACUGGGAGGGAAAACGUGGUGCGUGUGCCGGCGCCGUACAGGCCAUUCUAGCGAAACGAGGUAGCGGUGCACCACCGGGCGGGGUGUCUGAGAUUAUUUCGCUGCUGAGGGACUCCACCAACGCUCAGGCCGAGGGUAUGCUCAGAGUCAUCCGUCGAUUCGCGAGCACCAUCAAGUAG